AUGGCUGGGCUACGCCUCAGGAUUAUCAAGGAAACCCAGCGUUUGCUGUCAGAACCAGUUCCCGGCAUUAAAGCAGAACCAGAUGAGAGCAACACCCGUUAUUUUCAUGUGGUCAUUGCUGAGCCUCAGGAUUCCCCUUUUGAGGAAGGGGCUUUUAAACUUGAACUAUUCCUUCCAGAAGAAUACCCAAUGGCAGCCUCUAAAGUAUGUUUCAUGACCAAAAUUGAUCAUCCUAAUGUAGACAAUUUGGGAAGAAUAUGUUUAGAUAUUUUGAAAGAUCAGUGGUCCCCAGCACUGUAGAUCUGCACGAUCCAGGCUUUGUGAAGUGCUCCCAAUCCAGAUGGUCCAUUAGCAAAUAAUGUAGCGAAGCAGUGGAAGACCAAUGAAGCCCAGGCCAUAGAAGCAGCUAGAGCAUGGACUAGGCUAUAUGCCAUGAAUAAUAUUAACAUCAAUCGAUCGUCAAAUGGACCUCGCGACAGCGUCCAGGACACGACUUCCACCCAGCCCGGCAGCGCUCACCCACGGAAGGUCCGGAGUCCGGGCGGGGCGGCGCCAGGUCCAUUGCCCUGUCCACCUGGACUGCGGGGCGCCAAGCCCCCGCCCGGCCCGCAGCUCCGGGGACAGAGGGGCGCCCGCCUGGGCUCCGUGGAAUCGCGCCGAGUCAGAGCGCGCGUGGGAUACGGGGGCCAACCCGGGAGAAGGGAGGGGCUGGGGUCGCCGGGGAAGGGCCGGGAUGGGGGACAACCCCGAAAACCGAAUUGA